AUGUUCUGGCUUAGUUUAGUGCUACUGUUGGGAGUAGUGUUGUGGUUGCUGCACAUGUGGAUUUUACAGCGGCACCGGUUCGCCAAGGAUUUACCGUGUUCGGAACCGUACUAUCCAUUGAUCGGAAAUGGACUUUUAUUUAUCGGGAAGUCACGCGAGAUGAUAUUCACCGCUGCUAUGAAACCGUUUAUCCAAUACGAUCGCUGGUUCCAGGUAUGGUUUGGACCGAAGCUGCUCAUUGGCACAUCGCAUCCAGAUCUUAUGCAAUCCGUUCUAACGCAUCCAGACUGUCUGGACAAACCGUUCCUCUACGAUUUCAUGAAACUCGAGCAUGGACUCAUCGGAAGUCAUUAUCAUCCGUGGAAAACGCAGCGCAAGGCUCUGAACCCCUCGUUCAAUACCCGUAUUCUGAACAGUUUCAUACCGGUCUUUGCCAAGUGCACCGAGCAGAUGAUGCAGAACCUCGAAUAUGCCAUCGGGGAGUCCCGUAGCCAAACGUUGUCCAUCUUCCCGAUCAUCAGCAAGUGCACGCUGGAGAUGAUAU